UUAAAUAAUUCAAAAAAAGUUCCAAACUGCUUCGAGAGAAGCCUAAAUCUUUCAGUCCUGUCAAACAAGUAGAAAAAAAACACCGUUACAGCAAGAUUUCCAGAGCCCUCCGCCCCCCCUUUUUUUUCCUCCUCCAUCCUUUUUACUUUUUCACAGCUUACAAUCAUAAGCGGGUUCUCACUCGGAGCUGGAGCCGAGCCUCCUUCGAGAACAACACGCCAAGUUCACUUAUUAAUAUCUAGCAGGACUAAAUGGGCAUUUUUCACAGUUUUACCCAAUUAAGAGAACGGGUUUGAACGUGUUUCUCAACGCAUCGCCAAGCUCCACAACCUGUGAUGUUUGCGCGCGCAUACCAGUUUAGAACAUUCUUCACGAAUUAUUUUUUUUUUUUUGUACAACAACACACCAUCCGGUCGCAUUUGAAAAUAUGACCUAAAACAGCGCACUUUCAUUGGCGGCGGUGCCUGCUGUCACAUCGCGUCAAAUUUCACGUGUUCCGUGUGAAGAUGUUCGGUCCUGUCCGCCUUUCAUACGGAGCCCUGCAAAAAAGCACGGAACCAGUUGCGCAUUGCAGCCGGGGCACAGAAGACGGCAACCUGUUCACCAGACCAGUGGAUUUAAUACAUUUCACCUGGUAGAAGCAACAGAUCCAAAAUGAACAAAAUGACCCUGAAUCGCUAUGCCGCCAACCUCACUUGGGACAACUGCACUCUGCUGCCGUAUUACAUCCACUCGGCUGGGAUCACGGUCGGCUACAUCCUCUCUUACCUGCUGGUGCUGCUGCUGUGCGUUCUGGGGAACGGACUCGUCUGCCUGGUGGUCAUCAAGAACCGCCACAUGCGCUCGGUCACUAAUCUCUUCAUCCUGAACCUGGCCAUUAGCGACCUGCUGGUGGGCAUCUUCUGUGUUCCCACCACGCUGAUCGACAGCCUUAUCUCAGGUUGGCCUUUUAGUCAGAUCACCUGCACCAUGAGCAACAUGAUCCAGGGCAUGUCCGUGUCUGCUUCUGUCUUCACCCUAGUUGCUAUAGCAGUGGACAGGUUUAUGGGGAUUGUUUACCCUUUCCAUCACCGCCUGAGGCCUGUCAGCGCGCUCUUCGCCAUCAUCUUCAUUUGGCUUCUCUCUUUUGCCAUCAUCUUUCCUUCUGCUGCAACCAUGACGGUCAUUCACCUUGACGACAUGUACAUGGUCCGGGACAAGCAGAUAUAUCCUCUAUUCGUGUGUUUUGAAGAUUGGCCCAGAGCAGAGAUGCGGCGAGUCUACACCUUGGUGAUCUUCAUCCAGGUGUACCUGGCCCCGCUUUGUCUCAUAAGCAUUCUGUACACCUGCAUCGCUGCCAAACUGUCCAACAACCUGCGUGAGAAUCACGUCCGGUCCAAGAGGAGAAUGAAAAUCAUCAAGAUGCUCAUCAUGAUUGCCAUUCUCUUCAUGGUUUCCUGGCUUCCGCUUUGGACUUUGAUGCUUCUCACGGACUAUCAGGAUCUGGACCGCCAACAGAUUGACUUCUUGAGCAGCUAUCUUUUUCCCGUAGCUCACUGGCUGGCGUUCUUUAACAGUGGUGUUAAUCCAAUCAUCUACGGCUUCUUCAACGAGAAUUUCAGGAGGAGCUUCCAGGCCGCUGUGGCCUGUGGCUCCUGCGGAUCUUUCAUGUUGAAGAUGUGUCACACACAGUUUGUUCUGCUGCCUCCUAACAGAGUAUCUGACGGGAACCAUGGCGUUAACCGCAGCAAGAGGAAGGAGCGGUGCCUCACUGUAAUGCCACUGGAGAUAGGUCACGGUAUUCAGGGAAUUCUCCUUGAGGACAAGAAUGAUAAUAGAAAUUCUAAUAAAGUUGUUGGAGCCUGGAUGGAGUGAAUGGUGCAAUCAAGGAGUUUAUAAACCUAGUAAAAAAUAGAGCAUUCCCAUUUCGCUUGAAACAGCAUCACACCAGUUUAUUCUUUGGUUCUGCUUGAAGUAUUUCAGAGCCUUCAAAUAAAUUCAGCAUAUUCAAGACAGUCUAUUUUAGUGGUUUAAUUGAGAUUUUGCUGGCUUUCCUUAUGUAAAGAAAGGUUUUUCCUUAUUCCAGACACAGAGAAUGUAUCACACAUGACUGGGACGAGCAACCAAUACGCUCAUACCUAAAAUUGUUAUAUUUAUUAAAGGCAUUAAAAUUAUGUUGUAAAUACAAAUAUUUAUUCAUGAUUUUACCUUAAUUUUUCCUUUUCAGCGUAAUUUAAAAAAGUUAUAUAUGCAUAUUUAUAUAUUUUUAUUUAUUUAUUUAUUUUAUAUGCGUAAAGUAAUGCAUUAGUUAUUCUCUCAGAAAAAAUCUACACAGAUGGAAACUGUUUUUGCUUUUAUGUAAUCGUGUAAAGACACCAGUGAAUACAGGAGAGCAGAAAACUUUAGUGUAUGCGUGAUUAUGUGUGGAUAUGAGGAAGGUAUAUUGUGUCCAUUAUUAUAAAAUGACGUGACGUUUUGAAGGGAAAUGUAAAACACAAAUAUAUAUAUAUAUAUAUAUAUAUAUAUAUAUAUAUAUAUAUAUAUAUAUAUAUAUAUUUGCAUAUAAUGUGUUAUAAUUGUAUGUGUGGUGACACCAUGCCAUUAUUGUUAUAUGAACAGAAUUCUUAUCAGUGUCAGUUCAGUUCUCGUUAAAAUUCACUUCAGAAAGUGUUAUUACCUUUGAAAGCACCAGAUGUUAUGUUGCUGAUACGUUUUCAUGCAUAAUGUUAACCUUUAUAUAAGUUACUGGAACUAUAUCUAAAGAAAAAAUAAAGUGAAAUG